AUGACUGUGGGAUGUACAAGUUUACAUUUAAUACCGAUCAACAAUCUCACUCCAAAGGAGUACACAAUGGUUAAAUUGCAACUUGAUGAAGGCUGCCAAGGACCAUUACAUCAAACUGCGUACAGAACAGCUAAAACCACCAUCUCAUGUGAAAAGAAAGAGUUCACUCCAGACUCCAGAUUCAAGUUUUUCUGCAAAGAGAACGGUUCAAUCUGUGAAGAUAUUUUAUCAACAAAAUCUGCUCUGAGGUCAAACGGGAUGUUCACUCUCACAGAAACAGAGAGUGGCUUCACUGUGUCCAUCAGUAAUGUGUCCCCACAGCACACUGGAGUCUACUGGUGUGGAAAGGAAUCAAGUAAAAGAUACCGAGCUGCUCUCAGGAAAAUACAACUGGAGGUGGAAGAUGGCCCUGAUAUUGUCAUCCCUGUGAUCAUCUGUGUAGCCGCGCUGCUGCUGCUACUGCUGUUUGUGAUCAUGUUGAUCCUGAUCUACAAACGAUAUUCCAAAAAUAAAAGAAAUGCCGCAGCAGAACAGCACGUCACAAAGGAUUAUAUCUACGAGGAGAUGCGCCCAGUGCCCGCAAGACUCAGGAAUGCAAUAACCCCGACUUAUCCCACCGCCAACUUUCCCACAAACCCCUCUGCCUCGCUGCGUUUCUCUACCAUCAACUUUAGAAACGGCUCUGGUGAAGCUGCUGAGGUACUGAUGACCAAUCCCAGCUCCUCUGCAUGUGAUUAUUCUGCUGUGAAGGAAGUAGAGAUACCAACCUACUCUAAUGUGAGCCAGCCCUCUCCAGAGGACCCUCUGUACUCUAAUGUCAACAAGACACAGCAGCAAUAAGGAAAGACCAGGCAGGGAAUUAUGAUAUCUACUAAAUGUACGACCAUCAUUUCAGCUCAUUCAUGUUUGAUGUUAUUUACAGUGAGAUUCAGACUUCAGGAAUUACACAAAGAUAUUAGGAUGUUAGGACCUGAAUCCUGACACACAGGAUUUACAAUAUCAUCCACAUUGUCUAUGGUUAGAAACUGUAAAGAAAGGACCUGAAAAUGAUUUGAAUUACUUUUUAUUUUUUGUAUUUUGGGUGCAGUGAUGUAAUUGGUCAACUGGCUGAUUGUAAUUACAGUAUAUUGGGCGGUGUUUGAAUCACUUCUGCAGGUGUCGGCAUUGCAAACACUGGAAGUGUAACAUCUCAAAUUGCAGCAAUAACAACUGACUUGAGAAUGGAAAUUAAAUGAAUUAUUAUUGAAUCAUAUCAUAAUAUAUCAGCAACAAUAUUAAAGUGCAAGUGAUUACUUACAGGGUCAAUAAUCUGUAUGAUGGGAAUUGUAAAUAAAGAUAUACAUCUGUGUGAAUGUCUUCGUAAAUAUGUUUUUUUUCCUUCUAGGAAAUAAGCAUGUGACAUGUUUUGACUCCCUGAAAAAGAGAUGUUAAGAACUGUAUUCAAUAGUAUAAAAUCAACUUCAGUAUUAUAAAGUAUAAUUGGACUGUGGCUUCGUAUUAUACUGGUUGUAUUAUAUAAAACGAUGGUUAUAAUAGGAUGAUCAUGUCUGUUUUCACUUCAUACUUUAUUGUGAAUUGCAUGAAAUUAUGAGCUGUUUUUUUCUUUGAAGUAUGUUUGACUGUGUGUGUGCAGACCCCAAGAAGUUAAUGUCCAUGCUAAUGGGGAUCCUAAUAAAA